UGCUUCCCUGUGUAGUAACCAGGCUGUUCAGUCAUAGAGCUCUGGGCUCACUGCACGAACUACAUCUCCCGGCACCACCUGCGGCACAGCUCUCUGACAUAUGGCGGACGCUGCGGGAUACCCUCCGUUCAUGCUGGGGAAGCCCCGGUUUGAGCAGAGCAAGUUCUAUGGCCGGUUUCGACACUUCCUGGACAUCAUUGAUCCUCGUACACUUUUUGUAACAGAGAGUCGCCUUAAAGAGGCAGUGCAGCUGCUUGAGGAUUAUAAGCAUGGUACGCUGCCCCCGGGAGUCACUAACAGAGAGCUGUGGAGAGCUCAGAAGACUAAGCAGGCUAUUAUCCAUCCGGAUACUAAUGAGAAGAUUUUUAUGCCUUUCAGAAUGUCAGGUUACGUUCCCUUUGGGACCCCAAUAGUUGUGGGUCUGUUGCUGCCAAAUCAAACUCUGAUGUCAACCAUUUUCUGGCAGUGGUUGAAUCAAAGUCACAACGCAGGUGUUAACUAUGCAAACCGGAAUGCAACCAAGCCUUCUCCAACUUCAAAGUUUGUUCUGGGGUAUACAGCAGCUGUGAUCAGUGCGGUCUCUAUAGCCGUUGGCCUUAAUGUUCUGAUCCAGCGAGCAAACAAGUUUACUCCUUCAUCUCGACUAUUGAUCCAGCGCUUUGUGCCAUUUCCUGCUGUUGCCAGUGCCAAUAUUUGCAAUGUGGUCUUAAUGAGACACAGUGAGCUGGAAGAUGGGAUUGAUGUUCUGGACAGCAGUGGACAACUUGUUGGUUCUUCAAGAAUUGCUGCAAAACAUGCUCUUAUAGAAACGGCCCUCACAAGAGUGGCUCUUCCGAUGCCUAUUCUGGUUCUACCUCCGAUCAUAAUGUCUGUACUUGAAAAGACGUCGUUGCUGCGAUCGUGCCCAAGACUGGUCCUCCCAGUGCAUAGCCUUGUCUGCCUUGCUGCCUUCGGACUGGCUCUUCCGCUAGCUAUCAGCCUGUUCCCUCAGAUGUCUGAGAUUGAGACUUCCCAACUAGAGCCAGAAAUAGCGAUGAAAACCACCUCCAGGACCGUGAUUUACAACAAAGGAUUGUAAGCCAACUCGCACCAUCUCAGCACUAAGCAAUGGACAUUGCACCACUCCACAUUGUGCAGGCAAAGGGACCAGGGGACAUCUUCAUCUACAGCUGGUGGAUAAAUAGCAUUUUCACAAAGUUUGAUACUUCACUGAGGUGUUUUAACAUUACUAUGACAUCAUGUAGCACAAUGUGACAUCAAUAUUUUAGGACUUAGAUUAAAAAAAAUAAAAAAUGUACAAAAAAAAAUAAAAAUAACACCCAAAAGCACUGCAUGAGAAGUGCAAUAAUAAUUGGUACGGUCUGAUGUCACCUCACAAGAUUUGUCAUGAUAUAAGCAUUUCUCUCCCUUAUUAAGCCACUGUUGACAAAUGGGAUGGACAAGAGCAGUCUAAAGUUGUUUUUUUAUUUUGUCAACAAACAUCUCACUAGGAGCACCAUGUAGGACGAACUGGAAGCCAAUUACCCAAAACUCUGCUGAUGAAACUUUUUAGAACCUGGGGAGCGAUAUGUUUGGCUUUAGGUUUCCGACCAUGUUUCUACAAACUAUUUAGGCAGUACAUUUUUUAUACAGAAGCAGAUAUUUAGAACAGCAGGAUUUAUUAACAAAACCUCUUGUAAAAGGUGCUCUUUUUAAAUGUGUGGCCUUUCUGUUAUUCUCUUUAAAUCUUCCCCAGUUAGGGUUGCCAUCUUUUUCUGGAAAAAAAUACCGGCCAUGCUCAUUAGCAUAGAUUUGUAUAAAUAAUUGUACAGCAUAUAUUAGAAACUAAAGCUGCUAGGACUGGUUUUACAUAAUCAUUGGUUUAUAAUUAGAUUCCAAUACACUUAGAAGAAGUGAUAGCAUUUGUAUUUCUAUCCCCAGAUUACAUAAGUUUGGACUGUUAAGAUAUUUUAUAGACAAUUCACUGUUAUGAUGGUGGAGGUGGGUGUUUGAUAGAAAAGUUUAGAGCAGUGAGUCUCAACAUUUUCUCUAACAACACCCCUGAUAUACUUUUCAAAUUCAUUUAAGUUUAUUUUUUAAACUACAAUAAUUGACUACAGUAAGUUAGAAAUGCAAUUUAUCAUUAAAUGUGCGUUACCCAUAUGCUAAAUCAUUAGAAAGUGAAGUAGAAGAUCUGUAAAGAGCUGACUAAAAAAAUAUUAGAUGAACAUGUCUUUGUAGAAACUGAAGAUAUUUAUUUACCUACACAGUUCCUCAGUAGUCACAUUCUAUUGUAGAGGAAAUAUAAGUAUCCAAUCAUAAUGCAUGUCCUGGGACUAGUAAGGGAACAUCCAUCUGGCAUGUGAAGGCGCCAUAACUUUCUUUUCCUCUUCAGUUUAAGGACAUUUAUUAUAAAAUCUCUUGCGAUCAGGGUGAAAUCCCACAAGAAUAUGGCAAACUCCCAUGAGAUUACAGUAUAGCAUAGUGUUAACUCAGCAAUGAUGAUGCUAAAUGGCUGUUUUUGUUUCACCAUGCAGAUUAGAGUAAGAACAGUAGAUAAAGGGUAACUGCUCACAGAGCACUUGCUAUGGUGAGUUGAUCUUAGCAUUAUAUAAAGAAAAAGCAGGUAUAGAUCACAAUCCUUUUUCUUUCUCACAGUUGUAUCAAGCAUAAAUAAGAACUUAUAUUAAGUAAUAUUAUGUAUUUAUGGUUAUAGAAAGAUCCUAUCAGUUACAUUGAAAGAAUGGCAGGUUUUACUGAGCAUAAAAUGUCUGCAUGGGGCGGUAUCUGUACUGCAUCCCGUACUAAAUCAUCUUUCUUUAACAAUCAUUAACUGGGUUUUAAUUCCCACUUUACAACAGUUGUUAAAGGGUACAACAGGACAAAGUGUUUAUCAGUUGGUUCUAGUAUCCUUGUUAACUAUACCUGAUUUGGAUAGGUUGCAUCAGUACUAGGGCAGCUGAUAGCUUUCAGAUUAUUCAGUAUACGUGGACAUUAAAGACUGUGUGUUCCUGCCAUAUCUAUAGGUAUAAGCUAGUUUGUACAAUGUCUGUCUCUGGAGACCUAAACUAAAAUGCAAUGCCAGACAAUAGAAUAUUCUUGUGUAUUGUUAUGCUAAUGAGUGGGAGUAUAAGUGUGGAUAACUACCCAAGGAACGUCUGAUCAUUCUCCACAAACACAUUUUUACUUUAUUCCGUAAGUAAACAGUUUUCCAAUUGUACACGAAUAAAAGGUCCCCUCACAAAAAACAAAUUACCACAAUCUACAAAACCAAAAACAAUGAAUACAAUAAAGCAUGUAAUCCCUUGUGUGCAUUAUACAUGAGCUAGUUUGAUUAUCUUCGAGUAUAGUCUGUCAUGGUCUGUAACGGGCAUUAAAUACUAAAUAAAUUUCAUGCACCUACCUCUAAUAAUGGGUGCUGCCAUUUUGGAACUUAGGUAUUUGAAGGAGAGUUUCUGCACAUGUGUAAACACAUCAGCACUUACAAAAUUACAGCACCCUUGACUAAAAUGAGGCAGCGAAUAACCUUAAAGGGACAUUAAACACUAACUAAAUGCUAGAUAGAAUGAUGCAUUCAAGGAAAAGAUUAAUCUGAGAAUAACCUGUAGAUAUAUUUUUUAAAGUUCCAUUAGUUGUUUAAAUAUAAACAAAAUAAGUGUACAUUUUUAGUGUCUAUAAAACAAUGGGAGCUGCCAUGUUGUAACUUAGGUUACCUUCUCUGCUGUGACCAAUUACAGACAGUUAUAAAUCAGUCACUAGAGUGUGCAGCCAAUGGCUGUGUGGAAUAUAACAGUGUUCUGCACUUCCAUUUCUAACAGGAACUUAAAAGCUCAAAAUUUCAGAAUGGAAUUACAGGAAAAGGGGACAAAAUAAAUAAUAAAAGUAUAUUGCAGAGUUUUGUUUAUAUAUACAACUUAUUUUAUAUUACCAUCUCAAAGUGUUUAAUGUCCCUUUAAUAAUAUGCUGAGAAAAUAUAUUUAAUGUUUAAUGUCCAUUUUAUGAUUGUAGGAACUGUAUGAAAGGUUUUGAUCCAGCAGGGCCUUGUUCAUUGUUGGGAACCAAGGACAUACUGGUAGCUUUUCUUAUGUAAGGGUGCUCCAUAUGAAAUGAGAAGGUGUCCAAUGCUUCAUCCUAAAGCCAGUAUCCUGCCUGAGCUCCUCCACAUAAAAACUAUUAGGUGCCUUUUUAAAAUACCAGUACCCAAUAUCUGUAUUACAUAUCAGGAACAAUAAACAUUGGUGAUCUUA